AUGAAAGGGUACCACCCCCCUCCAGUGAACGAGGAUCAGCAGCUCCUCCCUCUCCAACUGAUCGAGCGUAGCAGUCUCGGCCGUACCAGAAGGUCUCGUCCUAGAUCGAUCUCUCCGUUUCAGGUAACCUCCGAAACAAAUAGGUUACUUUCUAAGAAGAAUACCUUAAAGGGAGAUGAGACAGUGGUCCUGACCAAGGAAUGCAGUGUAAUAAUUCAGAGCAAGUUACCAAGGAAGAUGCCUGAUCCAGGGAGCUUUCAGAUUCUAUGUACUAUUGGAAACAUAACCUUUGACAAAGCCUUAUGUCAUCUUGGUACAAGUAUUAAUCUAAUGCCCUUGUCUGUGAUGAAAAAGCCACAAAUCCAAAAGGCACAGCCAACAAGGAUAGCACUACAAAUGGCAGACAAAUCUCUGAGACAAGCACAUGGAAUAGUGGAGAAUGUCUUGGUCAAGGUUGGAGAAUUCUUCCUCCCUGCAGAUUUUGUGAUCCUUGAUAUGGGAUAG